AUGCUUGACCAUGACUUCCAUCUCACGACACCCCGUCUGUUCAUAUCCCACCUUUUACCUACCAACGAUGCGCAUUGCGACUUCAUACACGACCUGAUGCUCAGUCCAGGUAUCACUAAAGAGAUGCCUGCAGCCGCUGUGGAGAAGGCAAUGAGCACUCCUCCUCGCGACGCUGGGAGGAAGUUCAUCGCGGACUGUGUAGACAGAAUGGAGAAUACAGGCUAUGGUCGCUACCUCAUCUCUCUGAAGCCAACUUCGACCUUGGACAUAUCAGCACUUGAAGAAAGUACCUUGCCUUUUUCGGAAAGACGGUUGGUACCAAUCGGCGUUGUAUCGAUGCAACAUGCACGGUUCCCGUCCGCCCCUGCAGCACCAACAAUCCCAGACGUAGGCUUCGGUUUACUAUCUCGAUAUUUUGGAAACGGUUACGCUACUGAAGCUGCAACAGCACUGCUGAACUACUUUAGAGAAGAGAAAGGACAAAAGGAAUUUUGCGCUUUUUGUAGACCAGACAACGAGGCGAGUAAAAAUGCGUUGAUAAGGUUGGGAUUUGAGCCGAGAGGCCUGAGGGAGGUCCAUGGGGUUGUCGAGGGAGAAUUGUUGAGUGCGCUGUCGUGA